CCCGGAGUCGGGGGAGUAGGGCUUGGCCAGUCCGAGGGGAGGGCGAAGGAAGUACCAUUUAUUGAGCGCUGUAUGCUCUUAUUUCCACUGGCCUUACAAGGCCGUGCAUUGUGUAGAUGAGGAAACUGAGUCAUAAUAAAUAUGUGCUGAACCCCUUGGGGGUCACAUGACGCUGAAAUGGUUUCGAGCCAACUCGCUCGGACGGCACUCGGCCGCAACCUCCGGCCUUGGAUCCCUCUCUCCAGGGACCGGACCAGCCUUUGUUCUGUUCCUUCCCAGUAACAUAGGAGUUCUGACCAAUGGCCCAAACGCCGGGCCAUUGCUUGGAGUGACGCCGCGAUGAGAGCAAACGGGCGAGCAUCCCGUGGACGAGCGGGAGACUGCUGACAGGCUGGAGCAGGACGCCCUCGUGCGCAGGCGCGGGAUGUAGGUGAGCGUGGCCUCCGCCUCAGGCCCCGCCCAGCCGCAAGCGCUUCCUCUUCCGACGAGAGGCGGGGCCUGAGCGCCCGCGGGAAACCCGGGCCCGCUGCUUCAGCUAGGUGCAGCCGUGGGAAUGGCAGGUUCGGGGAGGCUGGUCUUACGGCCCUGGAUUCGAAAGCUGAUUCUAGGGUCAGAGACACUCUCCAGUCCACGAGCCGGGCAGCUGCUCGAGGUACUAAAGGAGGCGGAGGCAGCUGCCGCGGGCCCAUCCCACGCCCCUGAUGCGUCCGACGUUGGGGCCACGCUGCUUGUGUCUGACGGAACCCACAGUGUCCGAUGCCUGGUGACGCGGGAGGCCCUGGACACCUCGGACUGGGAGGAGAAGGAGUUCGGCUUCCGCGGGACAGAGGGGCGGCUGCUGCUGCUGCAGGACUGCGGGGUCCGUGUCCAGGUCGCUGAGGGUAGCGCGACCGCAGAGUUCUAUCUCCAGGUGGACCGCUUCAGCCUGCUGCCCACAGAGCAGCCCCGGCUACGGGUGCCUGGUUGCAACCAAGACUUAGAUGUUCAGAAAAAGCUCUAUGACUACCUUGAGGAGCACCUUUCGGAGUCCACCUCUUCCAAUACAGGCCUAUCACUGUCCCAGCUUCUGGAUGAAAUGCGGGAGGACCAGGAGCAUCAGGGGGCGCUCGUGUGCCUAGCUGAGAGUUGCCUAAAGCUGGAGGGUCCUUGCACAGCACCCCCUCUCACCCACUGGGCUGCCUCACGCUGCAGGGCCACGGGAGAAGCUGUGUACACUGUCCCAAGCUCACUGCUUCGCAUCUCUGAGAAUGACCAGCUAAUUCUGAGCUCUCUAGGACCGUGUCAGAGGACACAAGGCCCCGAGCUGCCCCCACCAGACCCAGCUCUGCAGGACUUAUCCCUGACCCUCAUCUCCUCUCCUCCUUCCUCACCCAGUUCCUCAGGAACCCCAGCCUUGCCUGGCCACGUGUCAUCCCAGGAAAGUGGUGUGAGCAUCAGCCUUCUGCCUGCCCUGUCCUUGACUGCUCCAGACCUAGGGCAGAGGAGCAGCUCCCAGCCCCCACCAGCUAUCUGUUCAGCCCCUGUCCCCGUGACCCCCAGCUCCCCACUCCAGAGCUGCUCCCCCAGUCUCUCGCCCCAUGGCCGUGUCCCCAGUCCACACCAGGCUCUUGGGACCAGGUCCCAGAAACCUAGCCUAGAGUUAAAGGAGCUAGGGUUGCUCUGCAAGAAUCGGCAGCUUUUUCCCGGGACCGGAACUACCAAGGGAGCCCAGGAGUCCUGCCCUGUCUGGACACCAUACCCCUUUCAGGAACCCCCAAAGAGGCAUCGUGAUGGUUCUGCCUUCCAGUAUCAGUACGAGUCACCCUGCACAUCCCUCUGUGCUCAGGUCCAAGCUGCCAGGCUUCCUCCCCAGCUCGUGGCCUGGGCCUUGCACUUUCUGAUGGAGCCACAGCCAGAGUCUGAGGCAACUCCGAUGUGAGAGGUCACACAGGAUACUGGAGAAUGUGUACACACAGGACAAAUAACUGCUCCACACUCUGCUUUGAGUUUUUUAAUAAAAUAAUCUCAUGCGGCA